AGCUCCAUUCGGUACCAAGGCAACGCAAGUCAGGGGCGGGGCCAAGCAAGUGACAGCACAAAAACUUUGUUAGCUUCUGGCUAACUUCGUCUGUUUAGCGAUGUUACGAGCUUGAAACUGCACACCUUAAAUGCAAAAGAUGGAUUGUAGUGGGGUGGAUGGAGACCUGUGCAAACUGUCCAGCUCAAUGCUGAUGAACAGCAAAAGUGACUUCAGAGCACGACUACAACAGUUUGUGGAGGAGAGGAUGCAGACCACCAUGCUCACAGGAGUGCUAAUUGGAGCUGCAGUUGCAGUCUCACUGAUCGGGAUUGUGGUGCUCUUCCUUUACAGGAGAUACAAACUUGCUCGUGAGAAACAGCCUGGUGUACCUCACUAUCGCUUCAGAAAGCGAGAUAAAGUGCUCUUCUAUGGAAGGAAGAUAAUGCGAAAGGUCCAGACGCUGUCCUCGAUCCCUCCUUCCUCCUCUACCUCGGUGUCAAAGCAACCGCAACGCAUACGCAAAAGAACCAAAGUGUUGAGCAUAGCUCGCAAAAUCCUGCGGAUCCGUAAAGACCCUCCCACUCUGCAGCCCAAGGAACCCCCUCCCUCCUUGCUAGAGGCUGACCUAACAGAGUUUGAUGUACAGAGUUCAAACCUGCCUUCUGAAGUCCUCUAUAUGCUUAAAAAUGUCAGGGUCUUGGGCCAUUUUGAGAAGCCCCUGUUUCUGGAGCUGUGUCGCCACAUGGUGUUUAUUGAGCUGCAGGAAGGUGAAGGUCUAUUCAAGCCAGGAGAUGAUGACGACAGCAUCUUCGUGGUCCAGGACGGACGACUUGAGCUCUGCAUCCAAGAGAAUGAUGGGACAGAACCAGUGGUGAAAGAUGUGCAUCCAGGAGACAGCGUCCACAGUCUGCUCAGUAUUCUAGACAUUAUCACCGGUUACCCAGCUCCAUACAAGACUGUAUCAGCACGGGCUGCUACUCGCUCCACCAUCCUGCGUUUACCUGCAUCAGCCUUUGAGUCGGUGUUUAAGAAAUACCCAGAAACACUUGUGCGCGUCAUUCAGAUAAUCAUGGUGCGCCUCCAAAGAGUCACCUUUCUGGCAUUACAUAACUAUCUGGGCCUAACAACUGAGCUCUUCAAUCCGGAAAGUCAGGCGGUGCCCUUGACCAACAUAAACAACGUGUUGGGAGAGGCAAAUUCAGGAAAAAUGACUCGCCGUCUCCACUUCCAGGAUGAAUUACCUGCUGGCACCACAGAGUGCCCUGCAGAGACAGAUGGUGUAAAGGACAGCCCUUCAAACAGCUACAGGAAGCUGCGAUCCAUCUCGAUGCCCACCGACUGCGCUGGUAACGACCUGAACAUGGCAUGUGAACGAGCUCGAGUCACUAUAGAUGAGGCGCCACCGAGUCCUGUCACUCAGAAAUCCAGUCUGAAGAAGAGUGUGACGAUGCAGCACACGCCCUCUGAAGUGUUUCACUACACAGACAGUGGAGGGCACUCUGAUGCCAUCCACCUCAGUAAGAGCAGCACCAUCCUUCAGGCUGCCAAGAAGGACCUGCUGGGAAUCAUCCAACUGCAGGACCCCACUCUACUUGAGGGCAGAGUAACCCUUCACCACGUCAAAGCUGGUUCUGUGGUAGCUCGUCAAGGAGACCAGGAGGUGAGCAUCCAGUUUGUUAUUUCUGGCCUCCUCCAUGUUUACCAGCGGAUGAUUGAUCGUGAAGAAGAGACACGCCUGUUUUUGACACAUCCCGGAGAGCUGGUUGGUCACCUGGCCGUCCUGACCGGAGAGCCUCUCAUAUUCACUGUUCGAGCCCAGCGAGACUGCAGCUUCCUCUCUAUCUCCAAAACCCACUUCUAUGAGAUAAUGCGUGUGGAGCCGAAAGUAGUGCUGAACGUGGCUCACACUGUGGUGAGGAGGAUGUCCUCUUUUGUAAGACAGAUAGACUUUGCUCUUGACUGGAUGGCUGUGGAAGCUGGCAGGGCUGUUUACAGGCAAGGAGAGAAAUCAGACAGUACUUUCAUUGUGCUGAGUGGUCGACUGCGCUCUGUGAUCAUGAAGGAGGAUGGCAAGAAGGAGUUGAUAGGAGAGUAUGGACGUGGAGACCUGAUUGGAGUGGUGGAGGCUCUGACACAUCAGAACAGAGCCACUACCGUGCACGCAGUACGAGACUCAGAGCUGGCCAAGCUACCAGAAGGAGCUCUGAGCUCCAUCAAAAGGAAGUUCCCACAGGUUGUCACCAGGUUGAUCCACCUGCUUGGUCAGAAGAUCCUCCAGCAGGUCAACGGUCCUUUGACAGCUCGCAGUUUGGCCCUUCACACUCCAGGAAGUAAGUGGGAUGCUGGGAACCAAGCCUCCAACCUGUCCACUGUGGCGGUCCUGCCUGUAUCAGAAGAGGUGCCGCUGACUGCUUUCACCCUGGAGCUGCAGCAUGCACUCAUUGCAAUAGGCCCGACUCUUCUGCUGACCAGUGAAAUUAUCAAACAGCGCCUUGGGGCUGCAGCACUCGACAGUGUGCAUGAGUACCGUCUGUCCAGCUGGCUGGGCCAACAAGAGGACAUCCAUCGCAUAGUUCUCUACCAGACUGACUCCACGCUGACCCCGUGGACUCAGCGGUGCAUCCGUCAGGCCGACUGCAUCAUUAUCGUAGGACUGGGGGAGCAGGACCCUGCUGUUGGGGAGCUGGAGCGUAUGUUGGAGGGAAGUGCAGUUCGUGCCCAGAAGCAGCUGGUGCUGCUGCACAGAGAAGACGGACCGCCACCCAAAGGAACUGUGAACUGGCUCAACAUGCGAAGCUGGAUCUCCAGACACCUCCACCUCUCUUGUCCCCGAAGGGUCUUCUCUAAGCGGAGCCUGCCCAAACUGUUGGAGCUGUAUCAGCGGGUGUUUGAGAAGCCAGCAGACCGUCACUCUGACUUCUCCCGUCUGGCUCGAGUUCUCACAGGCAAUGCUAUUGCUCUCAUCCUGGGAGGAGGAGGGGCCAGGGGAUGUUCCCAGGUCGGAAUAAUGCGGGCGCUCUGUGAGGCUGGCAUCCCGGUGGACCUCAUUGGUGGCACUUCAAUCGGUUCCCUGAUGGGGGCACUGUAUGCUGAGGACCGCAGCCACAGCCGCAUGAGGAUGAGGGCCAGAGAAUGGGCAAUGGAAAUGACUUCAGUAUUUCAGAAGGUUCUGGAUUUGACAUAUCCAGUCACCUCCAUGUUUUCCGGUGCUUCCUUCAACUCCAGCAUCAGCAAUGUCUUCAAAAGCAAACAGAUUGAGGACCUUUGGAUCCCGUAUUUCAAUAUCACUACUGACAUCACUGCCUCAACCAUGAGAGUACAUACUGAUGGUUCUCUGUGGCGGUACGUUCGUGCCAGCAUGUCUCUGUCGGGAUAUCUGCCUCCUCUCUGUGACCCCAAAGAUGGACACCUGCUGAUGGAUGGAGGCUACAUCAACAACCUGCCUGCUGAUGUGGCGCGCUCCAUGGGGGCCAAAGUGGUGAUUGCUAUUGACGUGGGCAGCCGGGAUGAAACCAACCUGACUAAUUAUGGCGACUCACUCUCAGGCUGGUGGCUGCUAUGGAAACGCCUCAACCCCCUAGCUGAGAAAGUAAAGGUGCUGAACAUGGCAGAGAUUCAGACCCGGCUGGCCUACGUGUGCUGUGUGAGGCAGCUGGAGUCGGUGAAGAACAGCGAUUACUGCGAGUAUAUCAGACCUCCAAUCGACAGAUAUCGCACUUUGGAGUUUGGCAAAUUUGACGAGAUUGCCGAGGUGGGAUACCAGCACGGCAAGACUGUGUUCGAUGUGUGGAGUCGCAGCGGUGUGGUGGAGAAAAUGCUGAAAGACAGACACCAAGAGGAGUUCCACAACACCCAGAGCAAGAACAAUGUGGUGACGUGUCCCAAUGCUUCCUUCACUGAUCUGGCAGAAAUUGUGUCCCGCAUCGAGCCUGUCAAACCCGCCGUGGCGGACGAGGAGUCAGACUACCACACCGACUACGAAGAGGAGGCACUGGAGAGCGCUCUGUCUGACAUGGAGAUGUACAAUCACUAUGGAGAGCACACUGAGGAGGAGGAGGAGACCGCGGACACGGAUGAAGAGCUGGACAGGGGACGUCCACGCCCCAUUACCUCACUCACCAGCAGCCACCCUCCGUUUGCCGCCCUCCCUGGCAGGCUGCUGGAAGAGCCGUCAAACCUUCAAGCCCUUUCCAAACAGUCCAUUAAGUGAAGACCCGUCUAAUGAACUCUGCUUGAACAGGUCAUCACUGUUUAACCUGCCCGUCUUUGCCCACAUUUCACACUCCAGUCUGUCCCACAUGCAAAAACUGCUCUCCAGUGACUGAUUUCCAUUUUGACCUCCAUAACCCAGCCUCGUUAGCGGUGUGGCUGACGUAACGAAUGGACAGUCCCUUAUAAAAAAAAAGAAAGAAUACAUACUGUAGGUGUUAGAUGCGUUUAAUAUCCAGCACCUAUAUAUUCCCAGUUUAUAGAGCAGCCGCUGGUCUAAUCAUUUCUCAUAUUGAGAUGAUUUCUUGUAGCUUCACAUGAAUCACACCAGUCUAGUGGAAGAUAAAAGCAAUACUGGUGAGGCAAUACUAUUUCCAUGAAAUAUUCAUUACUUGGACCCAGGUGGAAGCUAUGAAUCCUUACUGAUUGUAUUUUGAUUUGAGAAAAUUUAACCACAUUUGAAGUAGUUGAACAUUACAAAACAUAUUUUUUUGCUCCUCUGGUGUCUAAACACACAGAUUGCUUUGGUGUGAGGUUACUAAGUUUUGACACAUCCGUCUCUGAGAUCUGCGCCACAUGCACUGUUACAACGUUGCAUAAAAGAUUCAUCACACGAGAAGAUGAAAGGGGUGUGAAAGAAAAAGUUACAAAAAAAUUAAAAGUAUUUUUCUGUCAAAAUCUGCCCUCUCUGUUUUAAUAUAUACAGGGUUAUUCAAAAAGAAUGAACUGAUUUCAUUACGCAAUAUUUUAAGAAGUAAAAGCAAUAGAAAACUCCUACCAAGUCACAAGUAUUCUAUUCACAAUCAGCUUUUAUUUCCUGUCUUACAACUGUUCAAUGUGGCCACCACCUGCUGCACGGUUAACGUCAAUGUGAUUAAAGAAUUCCUCCCAGACGUGUAUCAGCAUAUCACCAUCCACUGUUAUUUGAUGACCUGAAGCAUCAAAUAAAAGUUGAUUGGGAGUAGAAUACUUGUGAUUUGGUUGGAGUUUUCUAUUGCUUUUCCUUAUUAAAAUAUUACGUAAUGAAAUCAGUUCAUUCUUUUUGAACAACCCUGUACAUCUCUGCAGACCAGUGUAACGCUUCAAAUGAAAUCAAUAAUUGGCUGAACUGCUCACACCUACUGCUUACAGUACUUCUGAAACCUCUAAUGAGGGGGUCACAAGUACAAUCCGAGACAAAAACAGCGGUUAGGUAGAAAGUAGAUCAAUGCAGGCUGUUGACAGUGACGUCUGUGGAUGAUCUGAUGAGAGACUCGUUUUCCACGAGUUUCAUCACCACAAAUAAAAAGCUGUUCAUCUCUCGUGUGUUUGCAGGGCAGAAAUCUGAGAAACUGACGUGUUAGUGUUGUUAUAUUAAGAAAAACUUUGAAAAAAUGUUAACUUAACCUUUAAUGCUGUUCCAACCCAAGGGGAACAGUGCUUAAAUCACUUAAUAUGAACUAAAAUCAUAUUAAGACGCCACCAAAAACCCAGUUCUGAGUGGUAAUCUUUGCAGAAAUUUAUCACCACAACAUAAGUAAAACAAAGAGGGUUGUAUUUUCCUCAAGACUCCACUGCCAAUGCUGGAAAUCCCACCAUUAACGGAGACAUUCCCAGCAACUUAUGGGACACUUGUAGCACAAACAAUGCACUAAUGCUGUCAGCUGCUCUGCCGGCGGUGAACUCUGACCGUCCUCUCUUCACUUCCCACUAAACCAGUAUUUUUUUAUUACAUGCUCAUAUGGUGCUACUUAAUUUUCAGCAAAUUUUGAACCAUCUAAAAACAAAUGCCAGUUGUAUGUGGCAGUUGAGUGUGGACUCGAUUAAUACAAAAAAAAAAAAGUGCACAUUUUUAAUGAACUGAACUUUAAACCGCUGACUGUGGCACCAAAUGCGCCUAAACUUUCAUCCCGAAAAGAAGGUCACGGUCCCGAAAGGUUAAGGACCACUGCUUUAAUGCUUUGUUCUCUCUUUUCUAUGUAAUGAUCCUCACCAAGGUUUGCUUGCCAAACAAAACUAAUUUAAAAGCAGAAAGGGAGCAAAGCAAGCAGCGUGCUCCGCGGCCAUGGCUGUCAGCACAGUUUUGUCGUAACCAGCGUGCCAGGGACAUGGAGGGAAUUAAUGAUUCCAAUCCACUUCAAAGCACUAGUUUCCCUCUCGGCUGGCGUUAGAGCCUCCCCCCAUCUGUUUUUUGGCUUGAAUCUAUCCCAGACUGGGCAGCAGACAGUGCGGAUCUUUUGAGUGAACUCGUCUCGGUACAGUUUAUGCACCGAGGCUAGCACAGAAACGUGUCGUAACACAAAUCAUUCGGCUUGUCAAGCAGUGUUUCUGAUUAUAUUCCAGUGAUUUGGAUCUAAUUUGUUUUUGAUAUUGAAAAUACUAAACGAUUGCAUGCCAUUGAAUAUGUCGUAUACAUAUAUUAUAUUCAAAAUAUAUCUAAUAUUUAAGUCCUAGAUGAUUAUAAGCACAACUUACAUGAGCCAGACAAUCAGUCCAGAAAUGCAAUUCAAUGCACAAUACUAACAAACUAAUCGUGAUAUCGGUCUGAUUAAAAUGCCUCAUAUAUUUCCUUAGAGUUAGCUUAAUCUCAGUCCUGAUUUGGGCUGGAACUAACAACUGAUUAAUGUGAUGAUUAUUUGUUCAAUUAAUACAUUAAUCUUUGGUAUUUAAAACGCAAGAAAAUGGUCAAACGGUGAAAAUUAAUCACGCAAAAUUUAAAAAUUGUACUUUUUUGUUUGAACAACAGUCCAGAACCCAAAGAAAUUCACAUUACUUACAUUUUAUUAAAAAGGAAAAGCAACAAAUGUAACAACAAUGCAACAAAGGCCGAUCAGUACUAUCAAUACUGGACUUUUUAGGCAGGUUCCAGAGAGGUAGAAGGCCUGAAAAACGAAAUAAUAACACAUACAAGGGAUUACCUAAAAAAAAUAAGCUCAAUAAAUACAUUGUGUGUCAUAUUUUACAGCAGAAACAAAGUUGUUAAUGCCUUCCAAUGGGAAAAACUUGGUAAAACCUAUGUUUAACAUUUCCGUACUGUCAUUUUUUGGUUUCUCACUGGUCAGACACGUCACAAUACCAAUGUUUCUGCUGUUAUCAGGCAUCAGCUUUUUAGGAUUUCGUUUCCUUUGAGUCGAUGUAGCACCUCGUGACCCUCCCUGCAUGAAGCUGUGAUCUUGGUAAAUCCCGGUGCUACAGCGCCUGCAGCCUUACAUGUGGAGACAGCAAGAGAAAAGCUGUGAUAAACAGUACGAGGCUCCCAUAUGGUGUUAGUUAAACGGAGUCUGGACAGAGAAUGUGCGAGCAAACCGGAGAUGGGAGAACGUUUGCUGCUUACCAAUGAGACGAUGGUGCUGGUACUGGUGUUUUCUGUUUGUAAAGGUGGAGCGUGUGGUUCCAAUCCAACGCACUGUUUUGGUCAAAUUUGGUAAAUCUCUCCUCAUGGUGGGCAGCUGUGUGUCCUGUGUGUGGUCCAGUGUUUGCACACAGUUUUGGUUUUAUAAAUGAGAAACGCAUAAAGUGGCUUCACACAACACUAUUCCAGUACAUGUUGAUGCUUUUCCACCAGACAGGCGGAAAUGAGAGGAACAGUCAUUCUGGCAGAUGCCAACUCUCUAAACAUCAACAGUCUUUCUACCCGAAUCACAAACUCCACCUUUAAACUGAACGCAAUGAAUUUGUUUUUCAGGCAGAACGAACGUUUCACUACUUUAUUAAAUGGGGACACAGUAAUGGAUGAAGCGCUGAUGUAAUGUGUGGAACUGUGCCAUCAAGUUAAUGCAACGAAGCCUUAGAUGAACCGUGAGGGGAAAGAAAAAAAAACAACCACUCGUGCCGUCAUUCAGAUUUUUUUUUGUGCAAUGAUGAAGUUUACCAAUAAGCCUGUAACAUGACCUGUUUCUAUGAAUGUUUUUUAUAAUAACCAACCGUUACUAAUAAACCACUAUCUGUUGGUGUA